AUGAGCAAGCUGUCGUUCAGGGCGAAGCCCCUGGACGCUUCAAAACCAAUGCCUAUUUUUAUGGCUGAAGAUUUGCCCGAUUUGCCGGAUUAUUCAGCAAUUAAUCGGGCAGUACCACAAAUGCCAAGUGGUAUGACUAAAGAGGAAGAAAGUGAACAUCAUCUUCAAAGAGCAAUGUGCACAGGCGUAAUUAUUCCGACACCUGAAGUUACGGACUUGACCGAUGUAGAAGCUUACGACAAAAUUUAUCCUGCCGAUUACAAAUUGCCACGGCAAUUAAUACACAUGCAACCAUUUGCAAUGGAACAAGAUAUACCAGAUUAUGACAUGGAUUCCGAAGAUGAGAAAUGGGUCGGAAUACAAAGUAAAAAAAUGGACUUGACACCAUUUCAAUUUGAAGAGAUGAUGGAUAGACUUGAGAAAAAUUCAGCACAAAAAACAGUAUCGUUACAAGAAGCUAAAGCUCUGUUAAAAGAAGAUGAUGAUCUUAUUAUCGCUGUUUUUGAUUAUUGGUUAGAUAAACGUCUUAAAAAUCCACAACAUCCAUUAUUGUUGACUGUGAAAACGGAUAAUCGUCUUGGAUCUGCGGCCAACAAUCCUUAUUUAGCAUUUCGUAGGAUAACUGAAAAAAUGCAAACUCGUAAAAAUCGUAAAAAUGACGAGACUAGUUAUGAAAAGAUGCUUAAAUUACGUAGGGAUCUUAGUAAAGCGGUAACACUAUUAGAAUUAGUUAAAAGACGUGAGAAAACAAAGCGUGAACAUCUUCAUCUCACCAUUGAAGUUUUUGAAAAAAGGUAUCAAGCGGAAGAUUUCAGUGGUCAAAUAUUAGCAGAAGUAUCAGCAUUAAAAACAACACGUCCAGCAUUUGCUCCAUUAUUCACAAAUCAAUUUGGUGUACAUCAAAAUUGGUCAAAUAAAGUUUGUAAUAAAGACGAUAGUUUACAAAGAAAAGAAAAACGACAGUAUAAAAAACGAAAACAUAAAUUAGACGGUCGUGGUGGUUUAGACGAUAGUGUAUUACGUAGUGGUAGUGCUUGUGGUGUUGGUGGUAGUAAUCGUAAUUCGCGUACUGGUGUCCUCGGUAGUGGGCUGGACCCGCUUGUCAGCUCUGAUGAAGAUAAUCCAUUUCCUCACACGCAGUUGUCAAUGUCUAAAGAACGUGAUGAUGAUACUGCUGAUGAGGGUCCGUUUGCAUUUAGACGCAAUCGGUAUUGCAAUUAUUUACCGCCUGUAUCAGGUGGCUAUGGUAAUUGGCCUUGGUGUAGUAAAAGCGAAGGUGGUAUUGCCGAUAAAAAAUAUAGGUUUGCGUUAACAAGUAUUAGUAAACCUACCCCAAGAUGUAUUGGUCUUGCAAGACGAAGAUAUGGACGUGGUGGAAGAGUCAUAUUGGAUCGUUAUCCUAGUGAUAUCGAUGAUAUUUGGUCAUCACUAGAUUUUACAAUACAUGAAUCAAGUCAAAAUAAUGAUUCAAUAACUACUGCCUCACCGACGACAAUAUCUUCCGUCAAAAAAGAAUGGUUACACUUUCGGCCAAAAACUCCAUUAGGCACAGAUGCAAACCAAAACGACGAGUCAGCAGCGGGUUGGAGCACAUCAAGUAAUAGCAGUAGUGAAGAAUCCGAGUCUGAAAUGGAUCAUUUUUACAUAAGCAAUUCGACAAGAACAAAAAAACCAGCGUCAUCUUCAUAUCCAUUUCCUACGGAAGCAACAUCAAUAUGCGUAGACAUCGAGCCUGAUCGACCUAUGUCGGUAAAAGUUGGAUCAGCUGCUGUACUGCAAAAUAAUACUGGAACUUAUGUUAGUAAUAAUAUUUUACCCCAAAAACAUUCAGCACCGUCCGGUUUAUUACCUGGGUUCAUAGCUCAAACUAAACUUGCGAGUUUAGCGAGACACCAACAACAACAACAACAGUUACAACAGCAACAGUUGCAACAACAACAACAACAAGGACAAAUACAGCAACAAAUACCUGCGUCCGGGGAAAUUACGCUUAAUAGUAAUAAUAGCGAAGGAUUAAGCAUGGAAGUUGAUGGUGUGGAAGGAGCACCAUGUGAAAGUAAACAGCAGCAACAGCAACAAAUUGUACGAACUAACAAAAAUAAUUCACUUGCGAUGGAAGUGACAUGA